GCGUCGAGCACGUUGCAGCACGUGAGCGCGGGGAUGCUAACUAUGGUCGGGUUGAAACGCCGCUGAGGACGCGCCAUCUAUUUCGGGCAGACGCGCUCGCGAUGCCGUUGUUCUCGCAGCGGGCAACUCUUUCUCUACAUCGUCCUUUGCCCUGCCCUCGACGUUCGCGCCGUGCUCGAGACCACAUUCUGUUCACAAGCCCCUAUUCUCGUUGCGUGGCGCCAACUCAUUUCAAUAAGCUUCGCAGGCUAGCGAGCGGCGCAUGUCCAAGUGCCUGUGAAGUCAUCGACCUCGUUCCCGCUUCCUGAUCCUCUCGCACGACCAUCUAACGCCGCAUUUCCUUCCCUCUCCUCGGGGCCGAGCAACUAUUCUGCCGCCAUGCCACCCCAAGUAGACCUCGUUUUGGUCUUUCGGUCCUCCCCAGCUAGAGUUCUGUCUAGACGCGACGCGCGCGAGAAUGCAAGACAGGCAGAGCGCCAGUACACGAAGUUACUCGAAGUCCUCCAGACAGGAGGCCUGCGCGCCGUUGGGAAGCGGGGUGAGAACGACGGCCAGCUGCUGGUGCUCGUAUCAUGUCCGCAGAGUACACUCGCGCGACUAGCGCAGCGUGAACGACAUUCGGACUUCAUCUGCGGCCUCCCCACUGCAAAUCCCGCCGCUGCUCUCGACCUCAACUCCGUAUCGUUUUCGGAUGCGGACCGGUUACGGCUCAUCCACACGUAUGUCACAUCGACUGUAACGGACGGUGGCCUGGGUGUGGCGCCGGGCUCAAGCAACUGGGAUCGCAUCGAGUCGGUCAUGAUGCUCCAUGACAACAAGUUCAAUGAAGAGUGGAUUCGCUCAUGGACUCGUAAGGAGCUAGGCUUCGUGACGUUAACCGAGAUGCGCAAGCACUUUGGCGAAGCCGUCGCGCUCUACUUCGCUUUCCUGUCUUAUUACACCAAGAACCUCAUCUUUAUCUCUGUCGUGGGCGCGUACUUCUACUUCUUCCACGAAGCAUACUCAGCUGUCUACUCAUCCAUACUCCUGCUUUGGUCGAUCACCUUUGUCGAGUCUUGGCGAAUCAGACAACGGAUUCUCUCCGUGCGGUGGAGGACGCGGGGUUCAUUUCGCGUCGAAAAACGGCGCGCCCAGUACGUACCCAUCUCAUGGUGGAAGAAGGACCUGCGUAUGCUCGCAGGGCUGCCGGUCAUCAUGCUCUUCGCGGCUGUCCUCGCCGCCCUGCUCAUGGUAGUGUUCGUAUUCGAAGCCUUCAUCACAACGCUCUACACAGGGCCCGGUAGCCGCUUCGUCUCUUUCGCUCCGACCAUCAUCGUCUCCGUCUUCGUCCCGCGCUUCCUCAGCAUCUAUCACUCAUACGCCGUGUCCUUCACGAACUGGGAGAACCAUGGACACCAGUCGAGUCACGACGCAUCGCUCACGCUGAAGUCCUUCGCCCUCGCGGGUGUCGUAGACUACCUGGGUCUAGCGCUUUCCGCGUUCGUGUACGUGCCCUUCGGCGAAGAGACGAUGGCCUUCAUCCAGCGCAUGAUCGAGAAGGAUCCAACCGCACACUUGAACAUCACCUCAUCCCUCUACUCUGCGCUGCCCUCGCGCGCGACCGCCAAGUUCGCAUCGGCAUCCGCCUCCACGGGGAAGGCGCGCAGCUUAUGGGAGAUGGACAUCAUGAGCGCGCGGAACAAGCUCAGCCCGACGCGGCUGCAGGACCAGAUGUUCGCGUUCACGGUCACGAACCAAGCUGUGAAUGCGUUCCUCGAAAUAGGCCUGCCGUACGUCCUCCGUGCCGUCGCCGUCAUCCGCCGCCGCGGGCUCCGCGCGGCGGGCGCGUCCGCGAACGGGUCCGCGAACUCGGGCAAGAAGAAGCGCGUGUCGUUUGAGGACGAGGCGGGCGAGGGGAAGACGCCCGCGCGGGACAGGGAGAAGGGCGAGGACAGGGAAUUCAUGGAGGAAGUGUGGAGGCAGGUCGCGCUGCCGCCGUAUGAGCUAUUCACGGACUACAACGAGAUGGUCACCCAGUUUGGGUACGUCGCGCUGUGGUCGACGAUCUGGCCGCUUGCUCCGCUCAUGGCGCUCACAAACAACUGGUUCGAGCUGCGCUCAGACGCGUUCAAGAUCGCGAAGCAUGUCCGCCGGCCGAUCCCCGCGCGCACGGACACGAUCGGCCCCUGGCUCGACACCCUCCAGUUCCUCGCCUGGCUCGCGUUCCUCACCAACUCUGCGCUCGUCUACCUCUUUCGCCCGCUCGACCACUGCAAGGCGCUCGGCACCUCGCUCGACCGCCAUCACACCCACCUCGCCGGCCGCGACGCGGGCCCGCGCGAGAUCCUCGAGGCCGCGCUGCUCGUCGCCCUGGGCGCGUCGCAUGGGUACAUCCUCAUCAGGGUUGUGCUGCGUCAUGUGCUCGAGCGGCUGAUGUGGCGCGGGACGGACGAGGAGCGCGAGGCGGAGACGGUCGAGACGGCGGUGAAGGAGGAAUAUAUGAGAAGCUUGGGUGUCGCGGACGUCGCCGGUGCCGGUGUAGGCGAGAUCGCGGAGGCAGAUGCGAAAGAUGGCGAUGGAGAUGCCUUCUGGACGUAUGACGAGGGGCUGGAUGAGCUCUCGAGGGAGACGAAGGAGUCAUGA